AUGGCGGAAGCUGCAACCACCACUCCUCUCUCUCUCUCCGAGCAAUACUUGUUGAAGGAGAAAGUGGAGAAGCCAGUUGUUGAUGCCAAGCCUGUGGAAGUUAAAGAAGAAUCAGCUCCUGCUCCUGCUGUUUCUGAGGAAUCUGUUGCAGAGAAAGCUGUAGAGAUAGGUGAAGCCGUCAUUGAGAAAGCGGUUGAAAUAACAGACGCUGUCACAGAGGGUAAAACGGAAGAUACCCCUGCUGCUACAGAAGAAUCUACUGAAAAUAUUACUGCUGCUGCAGAAACCACCUCUGAAGAUGUUCCUCCUGCUUCAUCUGAACUGAACUCCGGAACGGAAGAAGUUGCUGAUGAGGCUCCUGAAAUAAAGCUUGAGACUGCACCGGCGGAUUUCCGUUUUCCCACCACAAACCAAACAAGACACUGCUUUACCCGUUAUAUUGAGUACCAUCGAUGCGUGGCUGCUAAAGGAGAAGACGCUCAGGACUGCCAGAAGUUUGCGAAAUAUUACCGUUCACUUUGCCCCAGCGAAUGGGUUGAUAGAUGGAAUGAGCAGAGGGAGAAUGGUACCUUCCCCGGUCCUCUUUAA